UAUGAGGCUUCCGUAUGGCGUUUAUUUAGUCUCAAAACUCGCGCACGUAAAAUCUAGGCGCCGUGCACAGGAUACGAGGGCAAAGAACAGCAUCCGCGCGCAAAAUGCCAUCCUCGCGCGGGCGCAUUUCUGCACCGCGAGCGCUCAGAAAGUAUCCGCGCGCGUUUCUGCUCCGCGAGCGCUCAGAAAGUAUCCGCGCGCGUUUCUGCUCCACGCGCACAAAUACUGUCUCGCGAGCACGGGGCUGUGACGCACUCUCGCUCGUUCGGAACAUGUUUUACAGCACUCUCAUGAUCAUUCCCCACGCUCUCGCGCUCGAUCUGCUCUCACCUGCUGCUUUUGCUCGCUCGAACAAAUUUAGUUUUGGCAGUCGAGGGGCGGGGCUUACUGUUUUUAUAACCUCAAAUGUCAUUGGUUACUUCCCAUUUUCCGGAAGUCUGUUGUGAUUGGACACCUGUGAUUUUCAAUCAAGUACGUCAAAGGAACGACAGCUGAUAUAAACGAUCAAGAUUCGGCAAGAAAGAUGGAUAGUCAAAGAGAGGCCGAGUUGCAGAAUGCUGCCAGGCACGUUGUGUCCCUUUUACGCAAUGCCCUAACUAGUGAGUCAAGCUCACCAUCACAGAUGGCUGAAGGGCAGGUUCAGAGAGAGCAGGUCACAGCAGGCAGGAUGAUACAGGGUCAGGCAAACCCUGGUGACAGGGUGCAGACUACAAUGAGACUACAGCGGCCCAUUAGUGUUGCAUCAGGAAAUUCAGUGGACCAGAGUAUGGCCAGAGCAUUCCCUGGUCUGUUCAAGGGACGAAAAGGCUUUAUCCCUACUCCUAAAAAAAGGCAUGCCAGGUCAACGCCAAUCCAGUUUUUCCUCCUAAAUAAAAGUGUUGAAAGGACCCCAAAAGCCUCGGAUGAGCUGUUACUUUUACAGGCUGGAUUAGGACGGAGGACUAUUAUCAUCCCAGAGGAUGCUGACCACUCUGAGAUAUCGAAGCUAUUGUUGGAGAUGUAUACAAAAAUGGACUCAUUGGAGGGAGCCUGGAUGCUCUAUAAAGCUGUUGGCGGAUCAGGUCAGCGAAAGCUGAACAUUGUUGCGCCGGAAGCUGAAGGAAACACCGGGUCCUAUCUCAUCAAAACUGCAGGAGGAAAGGGCUGUCUGUAUAUCAUGCUUCUACAGAAUACUCUAGACAUCUCUCCUUUACUGUACUCCGCAAAAGAGUUUGAGAAAAUGCCGAAAGCACGAUGCGCUAAAUGUUUCACAGAUAUGCCUGUUCAGCUGCUCGCAGUGCACGUCCAGAAGUGCGAUACAGACCUGUGUAUUGACAUCAGUGAUUGUGAAUCAGAGCCUAGAGAUUACAUACAGAAUCUAGAGAUUGAUACAGAAGUGCCUUCUAUUUCCACAAACGUUGAGGAUGAUCAUGCCAAUUUAAGGGAUGAGUUUGAUUCUUCUUCAGCAGUGAUUGAUGUCAAGGUACCUUGUCCUGUGUGUUCUGCCUUGUAUUCAGAAGACUUCAUUGAAGUACAUGCUAGUACCUGUGGGGAAAGAAUUCAAGAUAGACCAAACAUAGAUUUGGAAAUUACAGAACAACACGAAGACAAUCAAAACAGCCUUACAGAAUUAGUCAGCAAACUUAAAGAGGCAAUAGACCCUACAACCAUUUUCAGUGUCUGUGUCACAAGGGAGGACAUGUUCAACCGAGGCUUGGCACAAUGGAAGCGGCAGAAGAAGUCGUCUCCAAAGAAUCCCCUCAGAGUUACUUUCAUUGGAGAGCCUGGGAUAGACAGUGGUGCUCUUAUGAAAGAAUUCCUGACCGAAAUGAUGGCCGGGAUUGAGGCAAAAUUCUUCGAGGGAGGGAAUUUUGGGAAAAAUCUGAAGUAUUCGAUUACAGAAUUUCAGAAUGACAAUUUCAGGACAGUUGGUGAAAUAAUGGCUGUGAGCAUUACACAGGAUGGCCCUCCACCUAACUUUUUCAUGGAGUGGAUGUACAAUUUCAUCUCUACCGGGGAGAUCAAUAAACAUCAGCUGUCAAAGGCUGAUGUAACCGAUGCAGACCUGCUAGAUCUUAUUGCUAAGAUUGAGACCGCAGACGAUACAGCCUUACUUGACCUUUCUGAAGGAAUUGUAGCAUGUGGAUACACUGGACCUCUAACGUGUGAGAGAAAGGAGGACAUUCUCAGUGCUGUUGUCCUGCAUUCUUGUGUGCGAAUCCUACCAAUGCUUCAGCAGAUGUGCAAAGGAUUAGAGCUCUAUGGCCUCCAUAAAAUGGUGAAACAAAAUCAGCCUUUAUUUCAGCCUUUAUUUGUUCCUGGCCAUUUCACAAAACCUGAUGCAGAUUUUCUCACGAUGGCCCUGUUACCCGUUUUAAGUGAGGUGGGUUCGGUAAAGCGGCAGAGAGAAUCAAGAAUUGUGAACUACUUACAGGACUUCAUUCAAAGCCUUGAAGAAGAAGAAGUGAGCAGUGGUAGGGAGAGCAGAGGUGAGGACGACAACAAAAAGGUAGAUGAAACCAAGGACCGUACAAAAGAAAACGCAGAACAAGACCAGAUCACCGUCAGCAGCUUCAUGCAGUGGCUUACUGGUCAGGGACAUGUUCCCAUUACGUCUGCACAAAGAGAAAAAUUUAAAAUACACACAGAAUUUGAUCAUGACUGUCAGCUACAAUAUGGUGAGCACAAUUUAUGCUACCCUCUUGUAAAUGCAUGUUCCUGUACUGUGACCUUGCCUACUAGGCACCUAGGGACUUACACGGAGUUCCUCGACAUUAUGAGGCAGGCUGUGAGCAAUAGCAGAGAAUUCGGUCGUUCAUGAGCUGGAUUCCUAAUAUAGCGUUUACUCCU